GGCCAAGGAGCAGAUGGGUGAUUGGCUGAACACAACCGGAUGCGACAACAACGAGAAGAUGGCGGCGCGUAAAGAGGAGGAAAACAGUUAAAAUCUUUUCACUUAUCACACCAUGCGCAUCCAAAAUAGGUCGUGAGUGAGAUGUCAGGUCGUGGACGUGGCCGGCGAGGUGCGCCGUCCUGUAUGGGGGUCCUCAACAGAAGUGAAAAUCUCCCGCCGUCUGUCCAACUGCCCAGCCCACUGUUUCCUCCAAUGGAGCACAAUCCCCUCCCCCUGGCAUGCAGCGAGGAGGCAGAGUACCUUUUGGCGCUCAAGCAGGAGUUCCGUGGCGCCAUGAAGACGAGACCGGGUUUCAUCCAGCCGCAGAUUGGUCAAAGGUCAAACGCAGAUGUGGAAAGAUAUUCCGACAAAUAUCACAACAGCAGUGAGCAGACGGAUGCACUGUCCAACUGGAUCCCAGAUUGGAAGCGAUUCCCAAAAGAAAUACGACUGUGUGUCAGAAGAACUCUAAAAAAAGGUGCGUCCACGGUGGUGGUGGGGUCAAAGAGAGAUCAGGCCGAUGAUCAGAAAAAAACUGUGAAAGAGAAAAAGGAAGUGCUCCUCAAACUGGAGUCGUUAGCGAACGAGGAGCACCGAAGCUCCGAGGACGAAGAUGACGAGCAGGAGAAAAAGAAGGAAGAGGAGCAGCAGGAGGUGGACGAGGACUACGACGAGGAAGAGCUGGAGGAGGAGACCGAUUACAUCAUGUCCUACUUCGACAAUGGCGAAGACUUUGGCGCAGAAAGUGACGACAACAUGGACGAAGCCGUUUACUGAAACCUGUGGGACAUUUCCAUGGCAGUGCACAGGCGACCACCAUUUUUUUAAAAUUCCUAUUCAAGCGUUCAUGUAAAAUAUUCACUGAUAGUAAAGUGUUACACACGAAACGUUGUUUCUUUAACAUUGUGUUACCUUGACUUACAAAAAAAUGACAUAACUUGCAUUGAGGUGCUACUGGCCACAACUCAGUCAUAACUCCAUUCCUGCUGUCACUCACUGGGCCACGGCCUUUAAAGCUACACAUACACUCUAGUUGUUUGUGACUUUUGAAUUCUUCUAAUGUAAAGUCGUACUUUAUAAGGGCAGUUUAUUUCUUGAUCUUCUAUUUUAAUGUUUUAUGCUUUCAUACAACACUGCCAUUUUGUUAGUCCUAUUAUAGUUGUGGGAUUUGGGGGAAUCUGAAACAGAUUGAAGGGAUUUCCAUUAAAUGUAGUGAGGAAAAUUGAUAUAGAGUGGCUAUAUAUUUGUGGUGGGUGUUGUAACACUGCCAUAUGCAUUUGAAAUCUGGUUGUAGCAAUUGGUCCCCAUAGAGAUUUUUCCGGAAUAAGGCAUCUAUUAGCCUAGCACAAAAACCUGCAGCGACAUACAGCUGAACACAAACAAGACCCAUGGCAAAGGUGGAUAGCGAAAGCACCAGAAUAAAUGAGUGAAAGUUUAUACAAAACGGGUGCAAGAUGAAAAGUGCCGACUAGAUAGCCAGCAAGCUCAGUUGAAGGGCAGGAGCUUGGUCCUCCCAUAAAAUGCAUUUGCACUUAUGGAAAAGCCAUUUUCUGUAAUGACAAAGAACAGUAACAAAGCCUCUCGUUCCCUUUCACAUAUGGUGCCAUUGAAAAGCCUGAAUGUCCUCUGUAGAAAGGAAACAGUGUUAAUUCAACGGUGUACUUUGGGUAGGAGAUAUUCAAGUUUAUAACUAUUGUAUUUUGAGGACAAAUUUAAAUGACUGGUUGUGUGGAGGUUCAACUCCAUUAACAUGUUGCUCCUUUUGGUGUUUUUCCACCUUGACCACCUGGGCCCAGUAUUAUAGAGACAUGGAUAGACUAUGAGUACAGCAGAACAGUGCUGAGGUGUGCAGUCGUAACGAAUAGAAUCUAUGUGCAUAAAUAAGAGCGGUGGAGGGGGAAGAGUUUGGCUCCAGGGAGAAAAGAUAGCGAGAAAUUCAGAUUCAGAGAUGUAUUUGUCAUUCCAACAACUGCGACAAAAAAUAAUUAGGGUGCAAAUUUAAAAGUGAAAUCAAUAGGUUGUCACGACUCAUCGGAACGGAGGUAGGACCCAAAUGCAGGAGUCGGGAGACGCAGGUGUAAUUCGGGAAAAACAUUUAUUAUUCCAAGGUCGGGGAUCGGGCAGGCAGUCAAGUGCAGCAGCGGUAGUCGGGACGUCGGGCAUAGCGAGCAGGUCAGCGGGCAGGCAGGAGUCGAUACAUGGGAGAACGAUCAAAGCAGGCAGGAGUAUCAAGGGAGUCAGGCUUACGGGGUUGGUCAGAAAACAGAUGGUGGUCGGUACACACGGGUUGUCCAUCAGAGAUACGGGAGUGCAGGAACGGGGCAUGAGCUGCGAUAAUCUGGGGCCGGACCAGUCGUCCCCAUGGUCCUAUAUACACCGGGGCCAAUCAGCCAGGAUGAGGCGCAGGUGUGCACCUCCCAAUCAGCGCUGCCACCUGCACAGCCAGGGCUGGACCGGCAGGACCAUGACAUAGGUAGCUAUGAGGGUGGAUGACCUCUAAUACUUGAGGUCAACAAUCCAGAGCAAUGGUGAGUGGUGGUUUUGGAAGUGAAAAAACAGGUCCAAAGAGGUUGGAACAGCUACCGGAAGGUGUCAUGUGUGUUAUGCGAUGGAAGAGGCUGUUAGGAUGAAGGGCAAAGUUUGACAGUGGUGAGUCCAGCCAUGAUGUUUGGAUUCGAGACGGUUGCACUGAAGAGACAACAGAAACCAGAGCUGGAGGAGGCGGAAAUGAAGAUGUUGAGGUUCUCUAUAUGAGUGAGCGGGUUGGAUGAAAUUAGAAAUGAGCUCAUCAGAGGGACAGGCAAGAUUGUAGGUUUUGGAGAUGUAGUGAUCAUGGCAUUGCCAAUGGAGUUGACAAAGACUUUCCACGACUAUAAACUGCCAUGUUUGAUGCUCCCUCACAGUGAGAUGGUCUUGGUGGCUCCUAAAACUAAUUAACAUCUAUCCUCAAAUCUGGACUCCACAAAGGUGCCACUUAUUCCGACCAAGCAAAAGGGUGAGGAGACACCAAAUGGACAUUAAACUGAUGAGCAACUUCUCGUAAAUCCUUGAUUCUUGGAACAUGGACGCAAAUGGUUUUUGCUUUGCAUAGUAGAGUUUUAAGUUGCACUUACAGAUGUAGCACCAAACAGUAUUCUCUGACACUGGUUUUCUGAAGUGUUCCUGAGCCCAUGUGGUAAUAGUCUUUACACGUUGAUGUCGGGUUUGAUGCAGUGGCGCCUGAGGGAUUAAAGGUCACGGGCAUUCAACAUUGUUUUUUUUUGCCUUGCCACUUAUAUCCAGUGAUUCCUCCAGAUUCUCUUAACGUUUUGAUGAUGUUGUGAACCUUAGAUAGUGAAAUCCCUAAAUUCCCUGCUAUUGCACAUUGAGUAAUAUAGUCCUUAAACUGUUUAACUAUUUUCUCACACACUUAUUCACAAAGAGGUGAACCUCACCCCAUCUUUGCUUGAGAUUGACUGAGCAAUUCAUGGAAACGCCUUUUAUACCCAAUGAUAAAUAAAUAUCCAAUAACCCAAUAUAGUUCACCCACUGAUGGCAUAAUGGUACAUAGACCUGACUUUGGUGCGGGCAGUGUGGGAUCGAUUCCUGCUCAGUGAUGAUGUUGAUAUCUCCCCUGCGACUGAUUUGCGACCAGUUCAGGGUGUAGUCCGCCUUUUGCCUACAGCUGGCUGGGUUAGGGUCCAGCUCUCCCGUGACCCUUGUGAGGAUGAGUGGCUUGGAUGACGGAUGGAUGGACUAGUUCACCAGCCAUAGUGUGGAAGUCCCACCCAGUGGUGCCUGAACAAUGUACUUCAAGCGGAUUAUGAUGAUGAUGAUGAUGAAUGGCAUCCACCUGUUCCCAAUUAUCCUGUUCGCUGGUGGGCUAUUCCGAACAGGUGCUUGGCACCUGUCCCAGUUUUUAUGGAAUGUGUGGCAGCCAUAAAAUUCUAAGUUCAUGAUGGAAGGUUUUUGGUCACAAUCUCACUAGACAUGUUAUUUUGAAAUGUUAUGAAAUGCAGCGGCACGGUGGUUCAGCUGGUAAAAGCGUUGGCCUCACAGUUCUGAGGUCCCGGGUUCAAUCCCGGACCCGCCUGUGUGGCGUUUGCAUGUUCUCCCCAUGCCUGCGUGGGUUUCCUCCGGGCACUCCGGUUUCCUCCCACAUUCGAAAAACAUGCAACGUUAAUUGAACACUCUAAAUUGUCUAAAUUGUCCCUAGGUGUGAUUGUGAGUGGAGCUCUUUGUCUCCAUGUGCCCUGCGAUUGGCUGGCAACCAGUUCAGGGUGUACCCCGCCUCCUGCCCGUUGACAGCUGGGAUAGGCUCCAGCACUCCCUGCGACCCUGGUGAGGAUAAGCCACGCCACGAAGAAAAUGGAUGGAUAGAUGGAUGUUAUGAAAUGCCUCCAUUUUUUUUUUCAGAAUUCAAACAAUUUUGCAAGGAAGAGUGGACCAAAAUAUCUUCACAGAGAUGUGAAAGAUCUCAUGGGUGUGUCUGUCCUCGACCCUGCUCCAAUGAGCAGAUGCGCUCACCUGCUUCUCGUUAUGGUAAUUACGGUCCAUAUAUAUUGCUACGCAUGGGUCUAGUCCAUGCCAGAUCGUUUUGCUUCUGUGUCUUGUUCCCGCAACCCUACGUCUAUGUCUUUGAUGCUCUGUGGACUGAACGCUGCCUCGUUAACAAUCUUGCCUUUAUGCCUGUUGAUUCUGACACUGCUGCCUGGUUGGAUUGCCUGCCUGAGAACCAACAUUGGACCGAAUCAACACGCCUCCCAAACUGUACCUGGUCUCGUGAGUCAUGCGUAUCGGGUUCAGGCCUGUGUUCUGGUCAUGACAAAAGAUUUGAUGCCAGUUGAUUUCAGUUCUUGCUGGUGAGGAUGGUAUGACUGGUUAUUAAAUUUAGAGGGCCAUUACGCUUUCACAAAGGGACAAAUACUUUAAAUAUUUUUCCCUUUAGUAAAUGAUAUAAUUUUAAGUCCACUUGAGUUAUAUGUGUCUAAUCUCAAACAUGAAAGAGGGGAAAACUAAAACAACAAAAAUACAGUCAUUUGAGGAGGGGGGCGAUGGUUUUUCAUGCAGCUUUGUGUGGAUUUUUCACGUUUUAUUUUUUGCAGAGGAAAAAACAGCUUCUGUGUGCAGAGAAGAGAAAUGAGUAGGAGUGAUCAAGAGUUAAUUAUUGAUGAAGUCUUGACUUUUGAACUCGUUUAAGAGGGGAAGCGCAGUGAAGUUUGCUGAACUCACAACAUAUCAAGCAUCUGAAAAUGAAGAUCCUCCAAAAAGAUGAACAAAUGACUGCUGAAACUGUUCUGCUGAAACACUUACCCAAGAGUUUUCAG